AUGACUACAGCCCACAGACCUACUUUUGAUCCGGCCCAAGGUCGAGAGGCUCUCCGUGGCCCAGCCUACCACCAACGACUCCUUCCUGCACACACCCACCUGAAAGUUCGUCAACCUGGACAAGGUGGCGAGGCCGAUUCGGAAGUGCGCGACCUGCGCGCGGAGCUCCUCCAGGCCGAGGCUGCACACUUUGCCAAGAAGCAGGGUGUUCCUGUCGGUGAACCCAUUGCUGCCGAGUCUACGGUUCCGAAGCGCCAAGUGGAAUCAGCACCCCCAGAUGGAAGUGGAGAUGGCGAUGCAGAGGAUCCAGAAGCAAAACGACGGCGCAUACUAGAAGAAACACGAGACAUCGAUGCAGAUUCAGACGGGUCAGAAGAUGAUAGCAGCGAUGAGGAAAGGUUAACGGAUAAUAGUGAUGACGAGGACGAGGCGGCCGAGCUGAUGCGCGAGCUCGAGAAGAUCAAAAAGGAGCGAGUGGCACAAAAGGAGCAAGAGGAGCGCGAACGAGCAGCCGAAGAAGAAGAGAAGCGCGAGGUCGACAUCGCACGGGGCAACCCUCUUCUCAAUCCGCAGGACUUCAAUAUGAAGCGGCGGUGGGACGAUGACGUUGUGUUCAAGAACCAGGCCCGAGGAACGGAGAAGAAUGACGGCAAGGAAUUCGUCAAUGAUCUGCUGCGCUCCGACUUCCACAAGCGAUUUAUG